AUGGUGGACACAGGUGCCGUCGGCCCGUCCCCAUCCCCGUCGGCCCAGCCCGUCCUCGCCGGCGUCUCCCCCAUCACUAACAGCCCACCGAUGGCUCGAGAACCCCCCCCAAAAAAAACAAAGAAAGCUUACCUUAUCGGCGGAUGCGACUGCGACGGCGAUGUCCAUUUGAGUGUCUCACUCCAUCCCUUCUUGACCCAAUAUUUCUGGAGCUUAAUAGCCCUUAUGGAGACCAUCUCCAAACCCUCUCAAGAACUCCCCUGCAUCCCCCCUCCUCCCACCCAAGAAGACCACAUCACCCCAGUGCUCAAACCGGCGGCGUCGGAGGAGCGAGCCCGGCGGCGGAGGAGGGAGGUCAGCUCCAGAUAUUUAUCACCAACGCCGCCGAAUUCACGAUCGUCCAUUCCCAUUCCUUCCUCUCCUUUCCUGUUUCCCUUUUCUGGAGACCCCCGUUUCCCUCACCUCAAGAAACAUCAUCGCCUAGAGAAGCAUCCACGGGACUUGGAAGUCCCUCCAUCAAGCACUACCGAUGAGACGGAACCCUCUUCAUGCUACGCCGACGAGAACCGGCCGGCGGCGGAGGCGAAACAAAUCUUGGCGACUCCUCUGGCAUUGGGGAUCCAAACCAAGGCCGUCGGAACGGAGCGGAAACGGGCUGUAAGGGUAGUCGGUGAGAAUGGCGUCGAGGAGCAGCAGCCACAAUCAAGGAAGCCGAGGAUUGGCACUCCAAUGAUAAAUGCAGGUUAUCGGGCGAGUUUGAGUAAUAAUUGCACUCCAAAGCAGUCAUCCUUGAAGAGAAUUGUAGCUCCGGGGAUCAAAUUGCCCGGGUUUGUCAGCCCGGCUCGAGUGAGUCCUUUCCCUUUGGAGGAAGAUAGCAGCAGUGGGUCGGUCAAAACAUCGUUGGAGAGUUCUUCUACCGAUCCCUCUGAAGCUGAAUUGCAUUGUGUGAGUGGCCAGGGUGAGUUCUGCAAGAACCCUCAACUUCUGGUUCAGAAGAAUUCAAUAAUACAGGCAGGGUCAGAACACCUACCGACCAAGUCAGUGAAGCAGUUGCCAGAGAAUGGGGGCUCCGGCAGGCACGAUACCAUCAAGGAUUUUGGUCGAAGGAUGUCAUUCUCUUUCUGCCACCGCUCGCUGAAUUUGGCUCUGUCAAAUUGUCAGCAGCCUCCCUUCAAUCCAACCAACUCUGUGGAUAGACCUUUCGUUGCUUCGAAAUCUCAAGUCAGCACGGCAAGGUCAGUGGCACUUGGUCUGCCUCCCCAACCACCAAGCACAAAGCCAAGGAUGGACUUCAAGGGAAAAAAGUCGUCAAACUGUCAAGAAGACAUUCAUGCCCUGCGCCCACUCAAUAACGGUUAUCUUCAGUGGAGAUUCAUCAAUGCAAAAGCCCAGGCAGCAGUUCAUGCUCGGACCAUUGCAGCAGAGAAAUCACUUUAUAGCCAUGGACUUAAGUUAUCAGAAAUGCGAGAUUCUGUUGUGGUGAAGAGGAUUGAACUUGAACAGGUUAACAGAACAAGGAAGUUGCAAGCCAUCAUUGAAGAUCAAAUGCCAUAUUUGGAUCAAUGGACUGCUGUUGAAGGAGAUCAUUCAAGUUCUCUUUCAGGGGCCAUAAAGGCUUUGCAGGAUGCUUCACUUCGACUUCCAGUAAUUGGGGAUGUGAAGGCAGAUAUCAGUGAGCUUGAUGAAGUUCUGCAAUCUGCAUUGGAAAUGCUGGAGGAAUUAUCUUCUUGUGUUGAGAGGUUUCUACCACAGGUGGAAGAGGUGGAAAAUGUAAUCUCAGACCUUGCAAGCAUGGUGAGCAGAGAAAGAGCAUUAUUUGAAGAGUGCAGGGAUCUCAUAUCCAUGGCAUAUGAGUUGCAGGUGAAGGAGUGCAGCUUAAGAAGCCAACUAGUUCAACAAAAGCAGAACCGUGUAAGGUGAAGCAAGAUGGAUGUUAAUACUUGAUAGUAUUAUAGAAAACUGCUUUUACACAAUCACAUUUCUUCCAGGUCUCUAAGAGCCUACACCAUAGUGAGAAGACAAUUUUUUUGGAUGAAUUACACAUUUCUCAUCUAAAUAAGAUAAGCCAAAUGCCGGAAGGCUUACUUGUAUAGAGUUGAUCCAUUCUUUCAAUUUUAGAGGGCCUGAUGAGUUCAAUAAUGAAGCAGAUUUGAGCAAAAA